AUGCCACCGUCUCGCCAGGGUGACCGUCCUCCUUGGGGGACCGCCGCAGGUCCGAUGUCGGAGCUGUCCUUGCAGCAGUGCAGCAGGCCGCUGUGCCUGUCCGUCUACAUCAUUACUUUCGUGCUGGGCUUCCCAGCCAACGUGCUGGCCUUCUCCACCUUCUGCAGCAAAGUCCGCCACAAGGCCACCCCCAUUGACAUCCUGCUCCUCAACCUGACCAUUUCGGAUCUCCUCUUCCUGCUCUUCCUGCCCUUCAAGAUGCAUGAGGCGUUGAACAACAAGAUGUGGAAAAUGCCCGAGCAACUAUGCUCGCUGUCGGGUUUCAUCUUCUACAUGACCAUCUACAACAGCACUUUCUUCCUGACGGCCAUCAGCGUGGAGCGCUACCUGGGCGUGGCCUUCCCCAUCCAGCACAGCCUGAAACGCCGGCCGCUCUACGCCGUGGCCGCCAGCGUCUUCUUCUGGAUCUUCUCCUUCAGCCACCUGAGCAUCGUCUACAUCGUGCCGUUCAUCGGCAUUGACAAGGAGCAGGUCAAAGCCACGGCGGACCCCAACGGCACCACUACGGCUCCAAAAGAAGUAUGCUACGAUAACUUCACUGACGCCCAGCUGAAGGUGCUCCUGCCGGUUCGUCUGGAGCUGUGCCUGGUUCUCUUCUGCAUCCCCUUCCUAAUCUGCAGCUUCUGCUACAUCAACUUCAUCCGGAUCCUGUCGCGGUUACAACACAUCGACCGACGGAGGCGCCUGCGGGCCAUCGGCAUGGCGCUGGGCACGCUGCUGGUUUUCGCUGUGUGCUUCGGGCCCUACAACGUGUCCCACGUGGUGGGCUUCGUCACCUGGCGGAACCCCACGUGGCGGGACGAGGCCCUGCUGUGCAGCACCUUCAACGCCUGCCUGGACCCGCUCAUCUUUUACUUCUCAUCAUCCGCUGUGCGGGGUACGGUGGGAAACGUAAUGGAGGGGGCCAGGGCUCACCUGAGCCGGUGUCUGCCUCGCAGCCCCCCGUGGAAGCAAGCUACGGACGAUAAGGAGAGCAAACAAGACCAGAUCAAUGCAAGCUAAUGGCCUGCUUUAUGUCUUUAAUGCCGGCAGCGGCAGGAAAUUAAUGUCAUGUUUGUUUGUCGCACGUGAGGUGUCUGUUCGGGACUGUUGUGACGCUGCGUGUCACUUCCCCAAAGAACCGCCGCCUGUCAUGAUGAGCAAACAAGCCGCCAUUGUGUCACAAGGCGCUCCAACAGCGACAUGUGGACAAAGACACCAUUAAAACUAAUUUAUUAUUAUUAUUAAUUUCUUAAUAAUUAUUAUUAUUAAUUUAUUGACGUUAUCAAUUUAGAUCAAUAAGCAGAGUUAGUAAGGCUAUCCUCAUUUUUUGUAAUGCCUGGUAUGAUGCAGACUUGGAGCAUGUUUGCUGCCUGCUGCUGGCCAACUCUCCAAGACCGGACGUCAUUAAUAGUCCAACAUUCAUGUUUUUGUGAGUCCUUAUGUGCAACUAUGACUCACCAUUUAUUCAAGGGCUCGACAUUCUUGGUAUUAUUAUCAGUACCAUUAACUCUUAUCUGAGUGGCCUAAUUUCUUUUUCCUGAAACAAUGCGUCAUGGCAAUGCAGCCAUCGUUGUGCGUGUGUGCCGGCGUAUUCAAGCGAAUGAGCAAAAUUUGCCAGCAACACAAAGCAAAGCAGAAAGAGGCUGUAUUUUGUUGACGUCUUUAUGCUAUUAAACGCGCAAGAUUGCA